AUGGACUCAGACGACGAGUUAGACGAAAACUCCCACUACUUGGUCCAUGUUCCUCUCGAGUCCCAGCAGGGCCGGACUGUGCUCCCAGCUCCAUUUGCGAAGGCCGUUAGCUUGGCUACCCGUUCGACGUGUCUUGCCAUCCGAGUUGGCACUCUCCUCAGCUCCUAUGGCUUUGAUGCUGCCAAGUUUACGACCCUUUCCAGUCUGGAGCUAGGGCGCGGUCUCCUCGAAGGCAUUCUCAGCAGGGCCGGGAGGGAUAUGCUCACCAGAUCUAACAGCGACCUGGCCAGGGAGGACGCCGAGACCGUUCUGGAAAGAAGCUUAGAGCAUCUCCACCAUGCCAUGUCACAGAUCGUCUUCUGGACCACUACCGGCUUUCAGAUGACUGGUACCACCUUCUCUGUUGUGUCCGAGAUAUCCCAGCUGCUGCUGUCAUCUCUCGAUCAGUUCUUCGGCUCCACCGACUCCUCUCGUGCCAUAGCGAGUAUCAUCACUCUUAUUCGUCGCGAGUUUCAGAAUCCAGCAACCGGGGUCGAGGGCGAACGAGUAGGGGUUGUCGAUCUGGUCAUGGGCCUGUGUGCUCUGGCGUACUUGCAACGCAAAUGCCGCCGUUUUCUGGAGGAGGAAACUCGCCGUCUGGGUUUUGAGGAGAUUGUCUGGGACGUCGUCGUGCUGAACGAUGGGGAACGGGUGGAUGUACACGAGAACAGUCUAUAUGGCGUUCACAAGGGUCGUUACCAGAGCAAGGGCCCCGACAUCCUGGUGUCAAUGCCCAGCGACCAGUCCAAUCCCAAUGUUCUGGCCGCUCUCGAACGUCACGGGGGCCAAGACACAAGUGAAGAUGAAGACGAUGAUCUCCCGGAAAUACGCCUCAAGAACCAGAUCAUGCGAACCUUGCCGUCGGAUACGAGCGUGUCCAUAUCCACCACAACUCUGACGAGAAAAAUGAUCACCGUCGACUUCACUGGUCCCGAACCCCCCAUGGUCACACCCCCUCCAGGAGUUGAGGUCGUCGAGCGCGAAGUUCUCCCAUCGUCCGAGCGCCAGGUGGAGCUGGCACGCCAGACCGACAACCCGACAUAUCGCGUGGUCUACCGCGUGGACAAGAACAAGCAACGAAGUACAACAUACCGGGGCUUCGAAGAAUCAGAGCACGUUGCUGGGUCAGUGGAGUGCAUGGACGAUACUGAGGAGUCUGAUGAUCACGGCCGGGAGCUUGAUUUCGAGGAGCCGCCACCAGUACCGCCCAAAUCUUUGCCAUCACGGAGCCCUUCCUCAAUGCCCGGACAGGAGGUGACGCCUAAUCCUACGCCCCGACGUGCGAAGGCAGGACCAGGACUAUCCUCGCCUACCACGGGAAACCGAGCCUCGCAGAUUCCCACCCCGAAGCAGAACCCGGAGAACGCUCCCAACCAGAAGCGGCAACGUGCACCUCUAGCACCUCUCCCUGUCAAACCACGACAAGAAGUGACUGCCCCGUCGCAAUCUGAUAACAAAUACACCUCCAAGAGGGCCAAGAGUGAAGCUGCCUCGUCUGGCAAGCCUUCUGAAAAACCUUCCGAGAAGAAGGGCGGCAUCAGACAAGCAUUGAAAAGGGGCACAAGUUCUAACAUUUCCAAUCUUUUCAGUCGGGACGGGCCAGGUCCUGGGAGCUCUCACUCAUCCGGGAAGGUGAAGCCAGCAGCGAAAGCCCCUCUCCGAGAAAGGGCCACGCGUACGCCGGCGCCCACCAGCCAUCCGUCUCAAAGCAGAGCGAUGGGGCCUACUGCCGCGUCGAACUCGCGUGGCCGCAACUACGAUGUGCCCUCUCCUGUUCCACGCAGCUCGUCACGGGCUAGUUACAUCUCUGUGCACGAGCGUCGGCGCGACUCGGUAGUCUCGCAAACAGAUACAUAUUCUUUUCAUACGUUUGACGGAUACCGGCCGCAUUCCCCAGCCUACGGCCGUCGGGAUGGUCAAGGUCAGAAUGGCAUUCCCAAGUCCAGAUCAGAACGGGAUAUGAAUGAGAAGCCCUCUUCCCCCAUGAAGUCCCGUAGAGCUCGCUCCCAUGUCAACACUCCGAGUUUAUACAGCAUCGCGACAACGGGCUCGCAAACGUCUUUGGUUUUAUCUUCAUACUAUCAAAAGAGUGCUUACACGGAUUUGGAGGCCAUCGACACCCUGAGAAGGGCUGGCAUUGUGGAUGGAGUUUUCCCAGCAUUCCAUCUCCUUCGCAACGUCACACGGUAUAUGAGGUUCUCAUCAGCAUCAUAUGGAUCCAAUUUUCUGAAGUUCAUGGGUAUCUCUAAAGAGAUGCCCAUUCUGAGAGCUUUAGAUGACACCCAUCACGAGAUACGAUCUUUUGCCCACCAUACCGAAUCCGAAGCCGCGAGCAUUCUGCUUGCUUCAUUUGUUGACCCCCAAGGUGGCUCUGACACGACUGGCUCGACAGGAACCGGAGUUCCUUUGGUGCACUAUAUCUCUCUAGACCAUGAGUCCAAGGCGGUCGUACUGGCAUGUCGUGGCACACUUGGCUUUGAAGAUGUCUUGGCUGACAUGGCGUGCGACUACGACAACUUGUACUGGAGGGGCAAGUCGUACAAGGUUCAUAAGGGUAUCCACGCGUCUGCCCGGCGUUUGCUGUACGGUGGCGAUGGCCGCGUCUUGUAUACGCUGAAGGAGGCUCUUGACGAAUUCAGUGACUACGGGUUGGUCCUUUGCGGCCAUUCACUCGGCGGCGGAGUCACCGCACUCCUCGGAACGAUGCUUGCAGAGCCUUCUGCCACCGGCACAGGCUUCGUCACAUCGUCCGAGCCUCACCGCCGCCUCCUUGGAGAUGGCCGCUUCUUGGAAACCGAUACAACGCAUGUGUGCUUGCCGUCAGGUCGUCCCAUUCAUGUAUAUGCAUACGGACCGCCGGGGACCAUGUCGCCAUCGCUGCGCAAGGCCACCAGAGGGCUCGUUACAAGUGUCGUCCACGGCAGCGACUUGGUUCCCUUUCUGUCAUUGGGUGUGCUCCACGACUUUCAAGCUGUCGCUCUCGCAUUCAAGAGCGACAACCACGAGGCAAAGGGUGAGGUGAGACAGCGGAUCUGGCAGGCUUUCCAGUCCGGUCUGGCCGACAAGUGGUACACAAAUAGCAGCCGCUCAAGCUCUGCCGAAGAGGACAAGUGGAGUGUAUCGGCGCUGACGACUCUGCGCUCUAACAUGAUGAGUCUUAAGCUUUUGCCCCCCGGCGAAGUCUUCCUAGUGGAGUCGACGCGAGUCUUGAGGCGGGACGCUUUUCUUUUGUCCGAUGAAGAAGACAUAGGCAGGCCGGCUCAAAGAAUUGUUCUCAAAUACGUCCGAGACGUUGAGUCUAGGUUUAGAGAGGUGCGAUUUGGUACGAGCAUGCUGAUCGACCACAGCCCCGCAAAGUACGAAGAGGCUUUGAAUAAGCUGCGUUUUGGCGUUGUUGAGACAGCUUAA